AUGGCUAUGGGGUCCAAAACGCCUUCCCCCGAUUUUAUGUUCAUUCCCAUGUCCAGCGAACCGGGAAGAAGAGCUACAAUACGCCCUGACCUUCGAGCUUCGGCCAAGGCACAUGUGAUGCACGACUACAAGCGCAAGACUGCCGAGAAACGUCUUGCAGAGUGGAAAAUAUCAACACCGAAGAAUUUUUCGCAGACACCAAAAGAGCCCUUGCCGGAAGCCCCUGCCUUCGGACCUCCAACAGCCUUUCCUCAAAAGGUUCUGAGUUGGCAGAUGGUGGAAUUCCAGACAGAGGAAAUUCAAUCAGAGUCAGAAGCAAAAGCUGCCUCCAGGAAAACAACUCAAUCUGAACGACCCGGUCAUUGGUCUCAGCAGAUGUCGUCGCUUGUAUCGCCACAGACUUCUGCAGCCACUGUCUUCAAGUCCCAAAGUGCGCCCAUUUUUACCCAGCCCCGUGGCAGCAACCUGUUGGAUGUCUUCUCUGCACUCCCGAUCCAAGUUCAGCCGUGGGACGAAACGCUAAUAACCCGCUGGCUCAACUACGACCGCAUUCCUUGGUGCCCUGUCAACGGCCAAAGUCAGUGGAUCCCAUUUGUAACACAUUCCCCGGUCCUUCUACAUACGAAUCUGUAUUGCUGGGGUAUGCACUGGCAUGGGAAACUCACGGGAACCGACCAACGCAUCUUUCUGCACCAGAACCCACAAAUCCUGGAACAUAAGAUCGUUGCUAUUCAGAUGAUCAAUGCGUUCCUCGAGUCUCACGCGACCAUAUCUGAUGAAAUCUUAGCCGCAGUCGCCAUCUUUAUCAACAUCUCGUUGCAGUUUCUCGACCGGGAUGAGGCCGCAAGGCAUAUGGUGGGAUUGGGGACUUUACUCAGGCUCCGAGGCGGGCUCGAAAGCCUUUCACGCAUGGGUACGGUUGGCGUCCUUCUGCAACGGAUGAUAAGCUGGAACGAUCUCUUCUUCGUGGAGCUUUUUGGAGGUAAUCUCCGUUUCUCCCUCCUUCCGCGUUGGGACGAGGCGUGGAAAGCUGUAUACGAACCUCUCUUCGCUGAUCCAGUGACCCACCUUGAACCGCUCCAGGCACGCUUUGCUGGGGAUCCCGCUCACGAAGUCAUGUCACUGUUGCGAGAGAUGCAAGUGGUCUGCUGCGAUAUCCAAGCCCGGCCACUGGAGAUGCUGACCACGGUGGAGAGGACGCUGCGGCAUGACAACCUCUUCCGCUUCGAACGUCGUCUUUGUCUUGCCACGCGCAUCACACCAAUGCUGCAUCAUACACAGAUCCGUGCACAGGAAAACAACAAUACCAUGUGGCGAGCAGUCGCCUAUGCCGCACUGAUGUAUGUGCAUCAUCACAUGCGACCGGGAUACGCCUUGCACUGGGCACAAUUCCGAGCGUUGUCCGUUCAGCUUCGUGGAGAACUUUUUUCCACGAACGCUGAGAGCUGGGACGCCGUGCCAGCGUUGCAUCUGUGGGUCCUCGCCGUGGGAAGCUGGGUGAGUCAAAGGGAAGACUGGAUUCUUAACAUGCUUGCAGACGCGUGUCGAGCGCGGGAGUGUGAGACUUGGAAUAGGUUUGAAACGAUUUUGAAGCUUUGUCCGAACAUAGGGUCCGUGGAUGAUGAGAGGUUUAGGAUUGUCUGGGAUGCUGUAUCUCAGUUACUAUGA